AUGUUCAGUAGAUUGGCCGUUGGGGCCAAGAGAGCCCCAGGAAUUGUCCAUGUUAGAUACAGUUCGGAAUUGCCCAAGUUCUUGCCAAACUUGUCCGAAUUUCCUGACUAUAAGGUCCCUAAAGACUACGUGAUGCCCCAGAGAAGAGAUCCCUAUCAGGUUUACGACGACCAGCAAAACAGACGAAAUUUUGAUACUCCAGUCCACCCAUUUGAGGAUAAUCUUGACAUGUGGUCUCCAGACUUCAUUAAUCCCGUCAGCGACUCUACAGCGAUUGUCAAUUUUCUUGGCUGGUUUGCUGGGCUGGGAUCCUUCGCAACUGCUAUCUGGUUCUUUGAUUUAUGGCCAGAACGGCCAGCCACUCCACGAUCUUACCCGCAUGGCGGUCUCUACAAAGACCUGGGGGGCACGGAAAGAGAACAGGACUUGUACAGGGCGCGGAUCGACCAGGCUGAAUGA